AUGCCACCUCAAAGUCAACCCUGCUUCCUGUACCCAUAUUGCAACUCCUUUAAACCCAAUUUUCAGAGUCUGUAUGAGCUUUUCCAGUUGUCAGCAAGAGGGCAGCUGAUGGGUUUUAAUGGGGCUGGGAAAGUUUUUAUUGUGGAAAUGCUGUUUCGGGAUCAGUUUGGGAAGAUCAGUGUUCCAGCACAGAAGUGUCGCUAUGCAGUGGGUAGUAUUUUGAGUGAAGGCGAGGACGGACCCAAUGAGGAACAGCAGCAGCUGUAUGAGAAGAACGGCUUCCGGGUUUUUUCUUUCCCAGAGGUCACACAUGUUGUCACAGCAUCCUUCCCUCACCGAACCCCUCUCUCUAUUUUCCUGGGGGUGCAGAGGGUCUAUCCACAGCUGAACUGCUACAUCAAGGAAAGGAAGUUGUGCGCACAUCCAUUUCUAGAGAUCUACCGAGGGGGAAUGAUCCACUAUAUGGGUCCGCUGGCUCGGCAGGAUGAUUUCUAUGUUCCCGAAGUUAGAGAGGCCCAAAGAUGGUUAUUGGGAAAAGAGCCUGAAGAGGACGGGAGGACAGACAUCACAGGUGCUGACUCCCACAGCGAGCGCAGUUCCAUGAGCCGCCUGCCCCCCUCGGAAAGCCGGGACACCUCACCUGCCCCAUCCACCACGCGGACGCACUCACACGGAGACGGAGAUCAACACUGGGACUUUGACCAUGUGGAGAGAAACAACACCUCCAGCGUUUCUUCCUUCGAGGAGCUGGAUCUCGACUCAGAGAGGACGGACAGGUGUGACCACACCCCUCCACCAAUCACAGGAAGCGGCAAAAACAACCUGCAGGGCCAAGACAGAGAGAUGAUGGUCGAGGAAGAGUGAGAGAGCGGAAUUUUUUAGAUGGUUUUAAAGGGAUGGUUCACCAAAAAAAAAGGAAAUUCUGUCAUUGUUUUUGUUGUGCAAAUAACCGAAUAGCUUACAUACUCCAA